UUUUUAUUUUUUCCUAGAUUCAGUUCAAGGCGUUGUCGAUCAAGAUCUUCAGAGUCCAGUUCUAGUUCAUGUAGCUCCUCUAGUUCCUCCUCGUGCUCCUCCAGAUCAUGCUCGUCAUCCUCUAGUCGAUCUCGCUCACGAUCCAGAUCCCGGCAGAGGUAUAGGAGUCGAAGCAGGAGGUAAAUCCGUCCCUUUUCAUAUAUUUCAUGCUAAAAUUAUCAAAAAAAAAUCUUUAUUUUCAAAGCACAGAUUUUUGUUUAACAUUUAUACUGUUAUGCCAUUACUAAGAGCAGUACUGUUUGGGAGAGCAUGUUGUGAAGCAGGAGAUCUGGACCUUGGGAUUCGACUUGGGGACAUUUCUUCACUUUUGUGGGUUUGUUUGUUUUUUUUGGCAGAUGUGAAUCUCGGGAAAGAUACAGCAGGCAGAGGAUACAGCACAAGGAACGAGCUAUAGUAAGUACCCAGAAGUGUUUUUUCUUCACUCCAAUUGUAAAGAGAUUGAAUAGUUUGUUAUUCUUUGUCCAGUGAGACUUGCUGCUGCUUUAAUGCUACAUUGUCACAUGGAUAAAAUGAAAUUACCCAGAACCUUGUUUACUUCAGGAGUCAACUUUUGGCAGAACGUUGCAAAGCAUUUCCUACUUUGUCUCGAAUGCCUUCUGCUUUCAUUAGAAAUGUUACUGCGUUCUGAAAUUUUUAGAAAGGUAGAAUCUUUCUGAAAACGUCAUACAGGGUGACGCUGCCGCUUUUAACUUCAGCCAAGUCUGACCCGGCUACAGAUUACCUGCUCAUUGCGCUGAAUGGUAAUGUUUACAGAAGGCAUGUCAAGCAUUCUACCCUCAGGUCUUACCCGACGCUCUCCCUGCUAUAGAGCAGCCACUUCUAUCUUGUGAACAGAUCUAGAGUUCAGGAAAUGCUUCUAAAAUGUUUACCCUGUUAUUUCAAUUUUAUGUGAUAUAAAAAAAGGUUUAUUUAAUCCAGACUUGCGUUAUUCCUUUGUCUCCAGCUGACGCCCUAGGAAGGUGGAGGUGGAUCAACUUUAGGGUUAAAGACACACUGUAGUGUUAGAAAUGCAGGUAGUUCCCGACUUUACGAACUAAUUUGUAAAGUAGCCUAGUUCAUAAAGUGAGAACUAAUUUCCCAUACACAAUGUAAUAAACAUGGGUUCCCUUCCUGACCAAGACAUUUUACCAUUGAAAACCUAAAUUCUACAAAAUGAAAACAUAGCAAAUACAUAUGUGGUAGGAACCGCAAAGGAAAACCUACCAUACUGAAAUCAUAAUCAGUUAUCUUCCUUUCUCAAUGACCUGUUGAAUGGGUCCACCCUCAAUGGUUUGGAACGUGUUAAAGGCUGCACCUCACUUGUUUCUGGCUCAUUUGAGACACUCCAUGUGUAUCAUUCACCACCACCUUCCAAGCCCCUCCAUGUAUCCAGUUUGCCCUCCAGGCCCUCCACGCGUCUCCUUUCCCCGCCCUCCCCAUAGGAAUGCAGUGCAUCAAUGCUUUCCUAUUGGAUUUUGCGUGACGCUGGAUAAAUGUUUGCAAACCAUGAGAACGUCCGUUGUUUCACAGUCAACUGAUAGACAACCACUAGAGGGAGUCUUAACACUGCAAUAUAAACAUUGUACUUUCUCUAAAACAUUGCAGGGCUAAGGGGAACAGGGAUACCGCACCUAGACCACUUCAAUGAGCUGAAGUUGUCUAGGUGCCUAUAGUGGUCUUUUAAUAUCUUAAAUGAUAUGACAGUUUAACACUUGGUUCUGCACACCUUGUUUAAAACGCAUUUAUUUUUUUGCUGUUAUUGGUUUUAUACUUUUGCCAUCAGCAUGCAGGCAUAAAUAAAAGCACUCAAAGCAGUGAGAACAAAAUGGGCUAUCAAUGUUGGCUGUGGUGUUGGACAUGAGUUUCUGCAUUCCAAACUUGAUUUCCCUCUGUGCCUUGGAGCUAAUGGAUUCUCAGAGCAGAAUUCACCCUAAACAUUAAGGCUAAUUUGUAUUCUAUAACCGGACCAGUAGUGAAGUGUUGCACACCGGUAUUCGUAACACCGGAGCUCCGUGGUAGAGGUCCGCUAACCUCCAAACGUGGAGAGCCACAGGCUGCACAGUGUAGGAAGAAAAUUCAGAUCGGUUUAUUGUGGAAUUAAGAGCAAAACACAAGAUUUUUGACUGCAAGGCCUUAAUCCGUGUAUUCAAUAACUGCUGUCCAGCACAGUAAGAAUAUUCUCCCUUAUCUUGCUCUUUCUAUCUGACUGGUUUCAAUUAACGAUACGGAGAUGUAUGCACUUGUGAAAACUAAUAGACAUUUCCCCCCCCCCCUUUUUAGGAGGAAAGGAGAGUCGUGUACAUCGGCAAAAUCAACAACCGCAUGACGCGAUCGGAGUUGAAAAGGAGAUUUUCCGUUUUUGGGGACAUAGAGGAAUGUACCAUUCACUUCAGGGAACACGGGUGAGAAUUUGAUCCUACAUAAUGCCUUGUAAUUUAUUUUAUAAUCACCUCUAAAAUUUGUGGAAUACAGGGCAGAUAGCUGGCUACUUUUCAUUUCCUCCUGAAACAAAAUAGGAAUCUUCAUGUUAAAGGAUAGGAUUGAUGAACAUCUAAAAACACAUGGAUUUCAAGAUCAGAGUCAACAUGGGUUUACUUCAGGGAGAUCAUGCCAAACUAAUCUUAUUGAUUUUUUUUUUUUUGAUUGGGUAACUAAAAUUAUAGAUCAGGGUGGUGCAGUAGACAUUGCUUACCUAGAUUUCAGUAAGGCUUUUGACACUGUUGCACAUAGAAGGUUUAUCAAUAAACUGCAAUCUUUAAGUUUGGAUUCCAAUAUUGUUGAAUGGGUAAGGCAGUGGUUGAGUGACAGGCAACAGAGGGUUGUAGUUAAUGGAAUAUAUUCGAAGCUUGGACUUGUCACCAGUGGGGUACCUCAGGGAUCUGUACUUGGACCCAUUCUCUUUAAUAUUUGUAUUAGUGAUAUUGCAGAAGGUCUUGAUGGUAAGGUAUGUCUUUUGCUGAUGAUACUAAGAUAUGUAACAGGGUUGAUGUUCCAGGAGGGAUAAGCCAAAUGACAAAUGAUUUAGGUAAACUAGAAAAAUGGUCAGAAUUGUGGCAACUGACAUUUAAUGUGGAUAAGUGCAAGAUAAUGCAUCUUGGACGUAAAAACCCAAGGGCAGAGUACAGAAUAUUUGAUAGAGUUCUAACCUCAACAUAUGAGGAAAGGGAUUUAGGGGUGAUUAUUUCUGAUGACUUAAAGGUAGGUAGACAAUGUAAUAGAGCAGCAGGAAAUGCUAGCAGAAUGCUUGGUUGUAUAGGAGAGGUAUUAGCAGUAGAAAGAGGGAAGUGCUCAUGCCAUUGUACAGACCUCACUUGGAGUAUUGUACACAGUACUGGAGACCGUAUCUUCAGAAGGAUAUUGAUACCUUAGAGAGGGUUCAGAGAAGGGCUACUAAACUAGUUCAUGGAUUGCGGGAUAAAACUUACCAGGAAAGGUUAAAGGAUCUUAACAUGUAUAGCUUGGAGGAAAGACGAAACAGGGGGGAUAUGAUAGAAACAUUUAAAUAUAUAAAGGGAAUCAACACAGUAAAGGAGACUAUUUAAAAGAAGAAACUACCACAACAAGAGGAUAUAGAGGGACAAAGGUUUAAAAAUAUCAGGAAGUAUUACUUUACUGAGAGGGUAGUGGAUGCAUGGAAUAGCCUUCCAGCUGAAGUGGUAGAGGUUAACACAGUAAAGGAGUUUAAGCAUGCGUGGGAUAGGCAUAAGGCUAUCCCAACUAUAAGAUAAGGCUAGGGACUAAUGAAAGUAUUUAGAAAAUUGGGCAGACUAGAUGGGCCGAAUGGUUCUUAUCUGCCGUCACAUUCUAUGUUUCUAUGUUUCAAAUUGGUUCAUGUUUGUAGGAGCCUUUAUAGGGAAAUACAGUUUGACACUUUGAAUACAUUUUAGCAUACCAGAAAUCGAAGUUUGUUUUAAAAUCAAGCACAUAACAUUUCAGUAUAUAUCAUCUAUUGUGCCAGCAAGUGUUCAAAUAAGGACAUGGUCCCUAGAGCCCAAGAAAGACCUGGCACUCCUGCACAACCUCUACAUUAUCAGCUGUGUAGUUGCUUUUGAUGAAAAUGUCUGUCUGGGUUUUUUAAUAGGGGAAAAUAGUGCUGCUCUUCAACAUGCUGUCUUCAUUGCAAGAAUAUUGGUGUCAAAGAGGGGCCCCUUGCUUGGGUAAUCGGGACUGGUUGCAUAGGAGUUAGAUGGGAACACGAUGUGUUAAACUAAAUCUAAAUAUACAUAAAGAUUGCAGCAAUGUUGGAGGGGCUAAAAAGUUAGUAACUCAAAACAAUGAAAUGUUUAGUUUAUCACUGACAGAUUCACUAAUACUUUUAUGCUAUUCUAUAUAACUGAUCUUUGUCCCUUUCUGCCUAGAAACCUUUUAGUAGAAUUUGGUCACUUCAACAUUAUGGCUUGUGUACAACCUGGUCUUUACACUCACCAGCCUGCUUUAUUUCACUUGCAGUGACAACUAUGGCUUUGUUACUUACCGUUACACCGGAGAGGCCUUCACCGCCAUCGAGAAUGGCCAUAAGCUGCGUCUCCCUGAUGAACUCCCCUUUGAUCUCUGCUUUGGUGGGAGGCGGCAAUUCUGUAAAAGUAACUACGCUGACUUGGGUAAGAAACCUCCUAUUCCAUUUAUUGCUUGCUGUGUUCACUUCCAAACAUAGAUCUCUAUUCACGUAUAUGACUGCCUUAGUAGCCAUACAGAUCCUCCAUUCAUAAAUGUGUCUGACAUAUCUUAUAAAGGACAAAUUCUGCCUAUAUAAAGAUGUAAUACAAAAAAACCUACCUCUGUACUUCACACAGACGCAGCACAUAUUCCAAUGGUCUUAUUUGUAUCUUAAAGGGACUGUGUAGGCACCCAGUUCAUUGAAGUGGUCUGGGUGCGAACUCACAUCACCUAAAUCCUGAGUAUGUAAUUUAUUGCUGUUUUUAUAAACUGCAGUAAUUACCUGCUUGGGAUAACUCCUCCUCUAGUGGCUGUCUACCAGCAAACUGAAUAAUGCUUUCUUUUGGGAAAUUCCAAAUGCGAGCUCAUGCGCAUUGUCUCCCCACGAGCUGAAUUCUGCGGGGGAGAAGCGUGGGCGGAGCAGAUUUUCCCUUUAAUUGUAGAUGCUCUCAUUUUGACAUGCUUAUUUCCUUGCUUUCCAGACACACUGACACUCGUUAGCAUGGUGACACAAACAACCCCAGAACAUUUUAGAACACAUUGUAGUAUAUUGGCCUCCAGGAUGGUGGUGACAUUGCCUUAGCAGACAGCUAGCGAUUCCGGUGACUGUCUCCCUCUGCAAUCAGGCAUCCUGGCUUUUCAAGCUAUUGCCUCAUGAGUGGGGUUUCCAGGGCAUGUACUCCAUUCUAUAUAGAGGCCACAUGCUGGCUGUGGUUGAUGGACAUAUCAAUUUCCUAGACUGCUUUCCCCACGAUUGCUUCCUCUGUGAUACCUCCACAUCACUAUUGACUAUAUAUCAUUAAUAUUGCUGCUCCCAGCAAGACUAGCUUUCUGGUGGCACUUUAAAUGGCUACUGUGAAUGAUAUGGUGGCCAUCCCAAACAGGUUUAAUGUAAGUGAAUGGCCUGUCCUCUUAGCUAUAAUAGGGCCCAUCAUUACUUCUAACUGUCAGUUAUGUGUGGAAUUUGCAUGUUAGUAAUUUAUUUAUUUUUUCUCCCUCUUUUCCAUUGUAACCAAUAUUUUGUAGUUAUAUCAAGCUCAGAACCUGGUUAAAUCUUCCUGUCUUCAUUUUCACAGAUUCCAAUCGUGAUGAUUAUGAUCCUGCAUCCAUGAAGAGUAAAUUUGAAGAGCUUGAUUUUGACACAUUAUUAAAACAAGCGCAGAAGAUCCAUCGGAGGUAACAUUAGGCCUAAGCCACAUCAAGCGAUGAAAUCUAUAUAGAAAAUAUCUAUUAACCAAAUGAAUUUACCUCAAAACACUGGAGAUGGCCAUUUACUAAACAAAAGCAUGACUCCCCCUUUUAUUGAGGGUGGUAGUGUCUAUAUUUUCUUUUUCCAAUAAAACACAAAAAUGAUGAUAAAAAUAAGACCAUUAGAUUUUUUUUUUAAUGACUCUUUUUUUGUUUAUUUUUUAAACCUAUUUAACAACUGCUAAAUAUGGAUUCUCAAAAUUGUAAGGAAUAGUAUAUAAAGUGGAAAGCUAAGGUAAAAUCAUUAAAAAAAAAAAAAAAAA